UCAUCUUUUUGUUUCUUUACUGUCUUAAGCCACGAAUCUCGUAUAUUAUUCCAUUUAGUUGAAACCUGUUUUCCUGAAAUCAAUAAAAAAAUAUCAUAAAACAAUACAAUUUGUUUCUUGGUGACGUAUAAAGUAAUAAUGUAUUAACAAAAAAUACUUUUUUUUCAGAUAUUUAGCUUCAGGAUGUUCAUUCAAAGAAAUACAUUACUCAUACAGAGUAGGCGUUUCGACAAUAAGUAAACUAAUAAAAGAAAUGACCCACGUCAUUUGGGAAAACCUAAAGACAGAUUUCCUUAAGCUGCCUGAUACUGAGAGAGAAUGGGAGGACAUCGCUUCAGGAUUCGAAAGAAAAGCCAACUUUCCUCACUGUCUUGGAGCAGUAGAUGGCAAACAUAUCAGAAUUUUGAAACCAGCCAAGAGUGGUUCUAUGUUCUUUAAUUACAAGGAGUAUUAUUCUUUUGUAUUAAUGGCAGUUGUCGAUUCAGAGUACCGAUUUAUUUUUAUUAGUGUGGGCUCAUUUGGCAAGGAAUGCGAUUCUAGUAUAUUAAAGGAUAGUACAUUUUGGCAAAAGAUCAAUGAUGGUACUUUAAAUGUACCAAAGCCUAGACCGCUUCAUGAAAACUUGCACGAAGAAUUACCGUUUAUACUUGUUGGCGAUGAAGGCUUUGCUUUAACACCUAAUCUCCUACGUCCAUAUGGAGAUAUUGGUUCCGUUCCGUGGCAGGCAGCAGCUAUAAAAUAAAAUUUAUCAAUGCAUUUACAUUUUAUCAAUAAAACAUUAAAAACUCA